GCCUCGCGCCCCCUCGCGCCUUGCGCGGGCCGCCAGACGUUGACCCUCGGGCGCCGGCUUCCUGGGGCGGCGCGGGCAAGCCUCUGGCGCCCGCGUGGGGGCCGCUGGCGGCCGGCGCGCUGUGCGUGGCCUCGGCGGGGGCGGCCGCCGCUCUGGCGGCCAUGCGCAGGGCUGGCGCGCUCCUCUACCGCGGCCGCGCCCCGAUUG